AUGAUCGCGACGAGUUGUACUCGUGCCGUAAAACAAUGUCAAGCAUUACAAAUUAUAAUUCAUUGCGAUCUAACUAAUACAGAUGCACAUCGAUUCUUUUCUUGUCUUGGUUUAACAAUAAAUGUUUUUGAAUUUUAUUUAAAAAAUAAUCAAUUAUUAGAAAUUACAAAUGAAAAUAGUCGAAGUUUAGGUGUUGGUCGAUGUUUAAUUAAUUAUAUGAAAAAUGUAGGAAAUACAUUAGGUAUUGAUAAAUUAAUAUUGGAUAGUGGAUGUGAACGAGGACGUGCACAUAAAUUUUAUUAUCGAGAAGGUUUUAUUAUUAAUCGAUUUGGAUUUAGAAUGUCGUGUUAA